AUGAAUCAACCACCAAAUCAGAAUGUUCCUCCAGAGAUUACACCUGAAAUGUUUAAACAACUGGAGAAGAAGUUUAUUCCGAGAAUUAUUCUGAAAACUGGAGCUUAUGGAUUCACUUUAGCGACCAUACUACUAGGAAGCUUUUAUGCGUUGAACGCAUUAACUAGAGAGGAUUACCAAUAUUUGGACACUGUUUCGUAUCAUAGAGACAUCAAGAUUAAAGAAUUCAAACAAAAGUAUUUCCAACAUCAUCCCGGGCUCAUUCCAACACCACACAAGAUGAAUCAAUUCAUUGAAAAGAUCAAGGAAGGAGAGCUUCCAAAACAACCAUCAGAAUCCAAUCAAGAACAAACCAAAGAAAAGUAG